AUGGACAACAAAACGGAACGGAAAUUAAGACCUAAAACCCCCGUCCUUGAGAAUGAAGAUGAUCGAUUUAACUUCGACAUACCUGAAACAAAAAUCCCGUCUGACAGAAAGCUCGUGAUUGUGAGCAGAAGGCGUGCUUCCUUGAUAAAUACAGAUCCUCGCUUCACGGAGAAGAGAAACUUAAUAAGCUCGAUGAAGCUUGAAAUAACAAAGCACGAGCUGCCAUGCAUCUCAGAAAAUGAUUGCCAUGAUCUUCUAUCUGAUGAUAUCUAUCGUUCUUACCAUAAGAAGAUGCAAAAACAGGAAAGCCGAAUGAUCAAUGACGACAAAAUUCAAUCGGAGGCAGAAGCUGAGCGGUUGCAAAACCUAUCUGAGAAAUUAGACCAUUUAGAUUGGAUUAAUACUUUAUCGAAGUUGACUGUGAUUCAUGAUAUGAGAGAUGAAGAAGAACUUCUUUUGAAGAGAGAUAUGACAAAGCAGUCGAUAGUGCGGAUGCUAGACAAAUUUCGUGACAUGAAAAGAAGGUCGAAUCUCCUCUCGCGCAACUACAGACAUGGCAGGAUCAAUCCAGUCGCAAACCGGGCUAGUUUAUAUUGUCGAAUUGAUAGAAAACUUAUAAUGGGUUAUGAUAGCUCUUCUGAUGAGGAGGAAGAAAAUAUGACACCAGAGCAAAUUAGGCUCCAUCGAAAGCGAAACCGCGAAGCCAACUACGGCGGUACUAUCAUUGUACAGCUUAAAAGGCUGAAAAAUUCGGCGGCUAAAUAUGCUAUUGUGGCGGAGCCUCUUAGAGCGUCAUAUAUCGUGAAAUGUUCAAAGGAGGAAAGGGAGCUUUGGUCCCUUCAAGCUGCUAAACUACCAGAUAAAUUCGAAUAUUAUCCCAAGUUUCCUAAGCAGAUUGCAGUAAAACGCAUAUCUCCAAAAAACACUGACAUUCGCGGCCCCGAGAGUAGUAUAUUAGGCACUUCAGUUAAUGAGAAUACAAUGAAAAAUCACAAAGAACUUGUUCCAAUCGGAACAAGCAGGUCUCUUCAACAUGAGCAUGGACCGAUCAUAAGCGGACUCGAGGCUCGCAAUAUGCCUUUGAAAAAAAGAAAAACUGUUCAAACAGCAGACUUGAAGACAGCGAUUGGUGUCUAA